UUACUGAGGAGUUGGCAUUACUGAGACAGAGGGUUGCUGUUUCGCUUCCACUAACAGAGCCUAGUCUAUUCCUUUACGUCUUCUCUGAACGAAAUGGACCACUAUUCUCAUAAUUGCUCUGAUGACUUGGAUACAUUUUGGGAUGAGUUGAGUAAUACAUGUGUGCCAUGUCAUCAACAUAAUCCGAUCCGACCAGGGUACGAAUUUAGUCCAAACUGUGGCAGGCAUGAUGAUGGGGGAAGAUCGGAAAUACCGUAUCGACCAUGUGUCGCCGCCCAGAGCUUCAAUAACGGGAGCUUCGUGAAAUGCCAACCCUGUUCUCGCUGCACUCCAAAUCAUCAAAAGCUGUCCGAAUGCAACGAAACGACAGACACGCAAUGCUGCGUAGCGAGGGACCAGACACGGUGUUGGAAAGGAGCCCUGAGUACCACGACUCAACAGGUCCAACGGUCAACAACAUUAAGGUUCCAAGUGUCAACAUCAAAUCCCACCAUAGCCAAACACUUUGAUCCAAUAUUACAAAGUGAUUCUGCAACUUCACAUGUCAACCAUCAGACUGCAUGGAUAGUGCUUACCCUCAUCUUGGUUUUCUCUGUACUUGCAUUUCUCUUAUUCAUCUAUAUUAAGACGAGAAGGAGAAGAUCAAGACCUUUUUGCUUCAGAGAUAAGGAGAAUACCCACCAACGGUCACGGAGCAAUAAGACAACAGCAGCUGUCAAUGAAGAGGUUGCUCUGCUACAGUCAGAGACCAGGAGCCUAGAGGACAUUUUGAGUUCUGACCUCCAGUCUGCGCCACUGCAGACGGUUCUGGACAACCUGGAUGUUCUAGAGGAGCUUGUGAUCCUGCUGGACCCGGAGAGCCCUGGGGUGAAGAACACCAGCCACCUAGCAUCUCGCUGCUCCUUCCCCGCCACCUGGAUUACCUACACCUACUCCCUGAGGGAGAGCAAGAGCCCCCUGAGGGCCGUGCUGGAGGGGGUCACCACCAAACACCCAGAGUGGACUGUAGGACACCUGGCCAGGUUGCUGAGAGAGAUGGACCGGAACGACGCAGUGGUGGUGCUCAGCUUGCUUAAGGUUGUCUAGUCUGGAUGUGUUGGGUCCGGAAGAGAUGGCUCCAUCCAGAUACAACUGCGAGUCUUUACCCCCUGCCAAGGCACUGAGAUAUAACAGGAGGGCCAGUAGGAGGCAUGCUUUUCUUGGGGGGGAUAUGUGACUCGUUUCAGGAAACUAGGCGUAUGUCACGACUUCACAGGAGAGGCAUUUUCCUGGGGGACACCGAAGUCCCAAGGCAGUGAAUGGGAACACUGCUCCUUUGCAUUAAGGUUCAAAAAAUAUAUUUAUCUUCGAUAACAUGGCACUUAAAGCAAGGAUGGUAAACCCUGUGUCCAGGCCAAGUUCCCAACCGUGGCCAACUAAUCAUUAUCAUCUUAUGUCAAAUGUAUUAUCACCAACCAAUGAUAUUGCUUUAUUUAUACAUUGCAUGUUAUAUAAAUGACAUUUCAGCAUU